AUGCCAGCAACUAAAGUAUUCCUGACAGGCAUCACAGGCUACAUUGGCGGAGACAUCUUCCACGUCCUUCACGACAAACACCCGGAUUGGACAUACAGCGUCCUCGUCAGAUCGCAGGACAAGGCUGAUAAGAUCAAAGCAGCUUUCCCAGAUGUGCGAACCGUGUUGGGCGACCUGGACAAUUCCGCGAUCCUGACCGAGGAGAGCUCCGGCGCCAAUAUCGUUAUUCAUACAGCCGAUGCAUCCGACCACGCAGGUGCCGCCAGAGCCAUUGCAGAGGGCAUCCUGAAGGGCCACAGCAGUGAGAACCCAGGCUACUAUCUUCACACCUCCGGCACAGGCAUCCUCACAUACACCGACUCCGAAGCCGACCGCUACGGCGAGCCCACCGACAAGAUCUACGACGACUGGGAAAACGUCGACGAGCUGACCCAUCUCCACGAUUCCGCUUUCCACCGGGACGUCGACAAGAUUGUCCUCGACGCAGGCAUCCGCCACGCAGACGUUGUCAAGACGGCAAUCGUAUGCCCACCGACCAUCUACGGGGCUGGCCGCGGACCCAUCUCGUCGCGCAGCCGGCAGGUCCCCGAACUCGCAAAAUGCACACUCAAGCUGCACAAAGCGCCCGUUGUCGGCUCUGGCAAGGCCACGUGGAACAAUGUACACAUUCACGACCUCUCGGAGCUGUACCUCCUGCUCGCCGAGGCCGCAGCAUCGUCAGACAACAAGCACAACGACCACGCACAGCUAUGGGGUGCCAAAGGCUACUUCCUUGCCGAGAACGGCGAGCACGUAUGGGGCGAGCUAGCGAGAGAGAUAGCGACCGUGGCGGUGCAGAAGGGAUACAUCCCGGCGCCGGCGCAGACGCGCGCGAUGGGCAAGGAUGAGGCAUGGGAGACGGCUGAUUUCCAGGCGUUGAGUUGGGGCUUGAAUUCGAGGGCGAAGGCGAAGAGGGCGAGGGAAGUAUUGGGAUGGGCGCCGAAAGCGCCUGCGUUGGUGGAUGAGGUUCCUGAUAUUGUUGAUGUGGAGUAUCAGCUCUUGCAAGAGAACCAGAAGAAAGGGUGA